GCUGGUAAAGGAUCGAUCAGCCUCAGCUGCCUCUAACCAGCACUUCCUCACAUAGAAAACCUAGUGCCUUGACUGCUUACUACAACGUGAGGGAUGCUCACAAUAGGAAAGGUUGAACCCAGGGCCCCUGUCAGCCUGCUCGUCGUCGGCACAGUUGUAAAUGUUGGACUGGAUCUGGUCUGGUCGUCCCAGAUGCGCACGCUCGGGAUUAAAGUCUUUCACCUUCUCCUUCCUGUGACAAAUGUUGAGGCCUAACAUCUCUUAGAGGUGAGGGUGAGGACAGGUCGGAGUGUCGGUCAGCUGCAUCAAGUUUUGUCCCAUGAGAGUGACUGUACCAUCCAGGCACCUCCAGUGACCAGGGCUGUGGCUGUGGUGGGCCCGGCCCAGGAGGCCUUUUUGUACAUCACUCCAGGCUCCUGCUGACCUGUGCUGCUCUCACCAUGGAUCAGCAAAGAGACAAGUAUGGCGACCGACAAAGGAGCGCUAAAGUGUCCCAGGGAGGCCGCAGCGGACACCCGUCGCGGCCAUCUGGCUCCUCCAGCUCCUCUGGGGUUCUCAUGGUGGGGCCAAAUUUUCGUGUGGGCAAAAAGAUCGGUUGUGGAAACUUUGGCGAAUUGAAGCUUGGAAAAAAUCUCUACACAAAUGAGUAUGUAGCUAUUAAACUGGAACCAGUGAAGUCGAGGGCACCACAGCUGCAUUUAGAGUACCGGUUCUACAAAACACUUGGAACUGCAGCAGAAGGUGUGCCUCAGGUGUUUUACUUUGGGCCCUGUGGGAAGUACAAUGCCAUGGUACUGGAGCUGCUUGGCCCAAGUCUAGAAGACCUCUUUGACCUGUGCGACCGGACCUUUUCACUGAAGACCGUCUUAAUGAUAGCAAUUCAGUUGAUUUCACGAAUGGAGUAUGUGCACUCUAAAAAUCUCAUCUAUAGAGAUGUAAAGCCCGAAAACUUUCUCAUUGGACGGCAAGGAAAUAAAAAGGAACACAUCAUUCACAUCAUUGACUUUGGCCUGGCCAAAGAGUACAUCGACCCCGAGACCAAAAAACACAUUCCCUACCGGGAGCACAAGAGCUUAACUGGUACUGCGCGAUAUAUGUCCAUCAAUACACACUUAGGCAAAGAGCAAAGUCGACGAGAUGACCUGGAGGCUCUGGGCCACAUGUUCAUGUAUUUUCUUCGUGGGAGUCUACCUUGGCAAGGGCUAAAGGCUGACACACUCAAAGAAAGAUACCAGAAGAUUGGAGACACAAAACGAAACACUCCCAUCGAGGUCCUCUGUGAGAACUUUCCAGAGGAGAUGGCCACCUACUUGCGAUAUGUGAGGCGGUUGGACUUCUUUGAAAAGCCAGACUAUGAAUAUUUGAGGACUUUGUUCACGGAACUGUUUGAGAGAAAAGGAUACACCUUUGACUACACCUACGACUGGGUUGGCAGGCAGAUUCCCACACCGGUGGGGUCUGUCCAUAUAGACUCUGGAGCAUCUGCAGUCACGAGAGAGAGCCAUCCUCACAGAGACCGACCCUCACAGCACCCACCAAUCAGAAACCAGACAGCAGCCUCAGAUCGACGAGGAGCAUGGGAGGUGCAGCCCGCACGCCAAGCAAACUCCUCCUAUCUGACCUCCCACCUGACAGCGGACAGGCACGGGGGCUCAGUGCAGGUGGUCAGUUCAACCAACGGGGAGCUGAAUGCAGACGAUCCGCUGGCUGUUCAUUCCAACGCCCCAAUUACAGCUCCGCCAGAGGAGCAUCCGCCCGACGAGGCCAACUGCGUGAAAAUGCUCAACCUGUGGUGUUGCUGUUUCUUCAAGCGGAAACGGAAGAAGAACACGCCACGGCAAAAAUGAUCACGCAGCACCAGCCUGAAACGUUCCAGCUGUUUGGCUCAGUCGAUUGUGAUUUUAUUCGAAAUCAGUAAGGUCCCGUUCAGAAUAGAAGAGGGAGUCAUCUGAGAGAUCUUGAUUGAAUUGUUCUCCGUUUUUUGGACAAGUUUAAAAACGGUUUGCUGAGAUGUACAAGA